AUGUCAAUUCCAUCGUUUGCUACCUUAUAUUGGGAUGGAGAAAUUAUUAUUGAUGGUGAAGGCUGCGACUAUUGUGGGGGUUCAUCAACAGUCAUUACCAUUGGUAGACGCAUGGAUUUUGGUACUUUAGGUAUGAAAAUAGUACGUGCAAUUGAUCUUGAAGCUGGGUGUGAAUUUAUAUCGAAUAUCUUUUUCAGACAACCAAUUGAAGGAGAUGGUUCGGUGAAAUGGGAUUGUAUGGGUUUGACUAACGAUGAUGAUGUAAAUAUUAUGUUUAAUUUUAUUGAUGAAAUUGGAGGUAUGUCAUCGAUAGAAUUAUAUAUUGAUAUUUUUCGACCGGAUGCAUCUAGAAAUGUUGUUGAUGAAGCGGGACCAUCAAAUGUUGGUACUAUUGAUGAGGUAGUUGUUCGCUAUCAAUCAUCUGAACUUGAUAGUAGUACGUUUGAGGAUAAUGUUUUGGGGGUUAUCAAUGAAUCUGAAGAUAUUUGUGAACGUCGAUGGGUGUACGAAUCAAACGAAUCAUACUUUUCUGAUAGUCAUAAUUGCCCCAAUAAUGGUGUCGAUGAAGAGGAUUCUGAUGAACAAUGGAUUGAUAGUGAUGAGGCAGACUUCAAUCAGGAUGUUGAGCAUGAUAAUGAGGUAGUAGUCAACUUGCCUUCAUACUAUAACACUCAUGUUGCAAACCCAAUAAUGCCUAUUGUCCAUCCUCCACCUUACUGUGAAUUAGAUUUUUCAUUGCUAACAGUUGAUCCAUGGUCAAAACCGCAAUAUAGUUCAAUGUGGGAUCCAUCGAAUGAGUUUGAAGUUGGAAUGACAUUUCCGUCUAGAGAGGCUGUCCAAAGAGCUGCCAAAGAAUAUCAUUUACUUAGGCACCAUGACUUUUCUUAUGAUGAGACAAAGAUGGAGAAUGCGUAUGCCUCGUCGGAAGGAUCUGAUAUAUGGAAAAUUACUCGAUAUAACGGACCCCAUACAUGUGUUAAUCCAUCAAUCUCACAAGAUCAUAGGCAAUUGGAUAGCAAAUUUUUAUCUGAUUUCAUCCUAGCAAUUGUACGAGAACAGCCAAAUGUGAAGAUAUCUGCGUUACAAGCAGAAAUCAAAGAUAAGGUUGGAUAUAUGCCGAGUUAUCGGAAGAUGUGGAAGGCUAGACACGAUGCAGUUGUUAAGAUAUUUGGUGGUUGGGAGGAAUCUUUUACAAGAUUGCGUCAAUUCAUGCUUGCGUUGUGCAAACACAACCCCGAUUCUUCGUUCUUGAUUGAAGAUGACCCUCUGUUUGUUAAUAAUAAAUUAAAACCUGAGAAUCGGGUUUUCGAUAGGAUGUUUUGGGCAUUCAAACAAACAAUUGAAGGUUUCAAGCACUGUCGGCCAGUUAUUUUUAUAGACUCCACAUUUUUAUAUGGAAAGUACAAAGGGUGUUUAUUUUGUGCUACGGGACUGGACGGCAAUAACCAUAUUUUUCCUAUUGCAUGGGCAAUAGUUGAUUGUGAAAAUACAAGGAACUGGGAUUGGUUCAUGUCUUGUUUACGGGUGUUUGUGACUGAUCGUUCUGAUAUUUGUGUUAUAUCAGACAGACAUAUUGCCAUUAAAAAAGCAAUGCAGCAAGAUUGGUGGCAGCCUCCUAAUGGACAUCAUCGAUACUGCUUAAGACACGUACUGAGCAAUUAUAACACGAAGUUUAAAAAUCCUGACAUGAAAGAAGCUCUCCGAAAGGCAGCUCACCAAAUUCAGAAAAAGAAAUUUUUUGAUGCCAUGGACACAAUCAAGAGCGAGCAUCCAGAUACAUUUGAAUGGGCCAGAAAUAUACCAUUGGAGAAAUGGACACGUUCUCAUGAUGGAGGAAAAAGGUAUGGCUCCAUGACAACCAAUACCGUUGAGUCAGUUAAUGGAAUGCUUAAGGGGAUUCGUGCACUACCAAUAACUACAAUGGUAGAGAAAAUAUUUUUCCAAUGUGUCCAAUAUUUUGACACACGCCGCACGACCUUCCGCGAACAAUUGCAGUUGGGCUUCAACUUAACACCGGCAUGUCGUCAAAUUUUGAAUGAAAAUUUGAAUGAAGCAAACUCACUUAAUGUUCGAUUAUUUAAUCGCGAUUGUGGUGAAUUUGAAGUUUGGAAGGAUAGAACUGGGGACAACCACAUCGUCAAACUUUAUGAGAGGACAUGCACAUGCGAGAAGUUUCAAGAGAUACGUAUUCCAUGUUCUCAUGUCAUAGCAGCAUGCCAAUCAAUGUCAAUUAAUUAUGAGCAAUACGUUUCAAAUUAUUAUACAUUGGAACGAACGCUUAAGUGCUAUGAGUGGCAGUUUCAUGCACUUGGACAUCAUGAUGAUUGGCCAACAGACAAUGAUCCAAUCCUUGUACCUGACCCAAAUCGGAAAAGGUCUAAAGGAAGACCAACUUCUUUAAGGAAGAUGAAUGAAAUGGAUUGGAUGGUGAUUCAAAAGAGAGGGGAUCCGUCUAAAAUCCAUUGAAGGACACUAUUUUCAAAUACUUUGUAUUAUUAUCAUAAAUUGUUGGACAUAGUUUUCAUUAUUAUGUUUUCAUUUUAUGUGUAUUAUUACCCCCCCGUUGUUAGGUUACGUACUU